AUGGAUAUGGAUCUCGACGUUCCUAUGCAUGACGCUAUUGAAGAACAGCUGUCUCCUACAAUCGAUGAGGAUAAGAACGGUGGUGAGAGAGACGAUGCUGGUGGUAAUCAGUUGACAACCAUCAAUACCACAAACCCUAAUGGUGAUGAUGAAGAUGAUGAUGUCGAUUUGAAUGUUGGUGGCGGAUCUGGGAUUGCAGAUCAUAAAUCUGCUAAACCUUUGGAACUGAAUUCAUCUAACAUCAAUCAAUUGGAUCAAUGGAUCGAAUAUUUAUCCAAGUGUCAAAUUCUUUCGGAGGAUGAUGUUGCCAAGUUGUGUAAGAUGGCUGUGGACGUUUUGCAGUUUGAAGAAAAUGUUAAACCAAUAAAUGUUCCGGUGACAAUAUGCGGUGAUGUUCACGGGCAAUUUCAUGAUUUGAUAGAGCUGUUCAAGAUAGGUGGUCCAUGUCCUGACACAAAUUAUCUGUUUAUGGGUGAUUACGUAGAUAGAGGUUAUUAUUCCGUGGAAACUGUUUCAUAUUUAGUCGCAAUGAAGGUAAGAUAUCCACAUAGAAUUACUAUACUGAGAGGAAAUCAUGAAUCAAGGCAGAUUACCCAGGUUUAUGGAUUUUAUGAUGAAUGUUUAAGAAAAUAUGGUAGUGCAGCAGUUUGGAAAAUGUUCACAGACUUAUUUGAUUAUUUCCCAAUAACAGCAUUAGUAGAUAAUAAAAUUUUUUGCUUACAUGGAGGUUUAUCACCAAUGAUUGAGACCGUUGACCAAGUUAGAGAAUUGAAUAGAAUACAAGAAGUACCACACGAAGGUCCAAUGUGUGAUCUAUUAUGGUCAGAUCCAGACGAUCGAGGCGGUUGGGGUAUUAGUCCCAGAGGUGCAGGUUUCACUUUUGGUCAAGAUAUCAGUGAACAAUUUAAUCAUACAAAUGACCUAUCGUUGAUUGCGAGAGCUCAUCAGCUGGUCAUGGAAGGUUAUGCUUGGUCUCAUCAACAAAAUGUUGUCACAAUCUUCAGUGCUCCAAACUACUGCUAUAGAUGUGGUAACCAAGCUGCCAUAAUGGAAGUGGAUGAAAACCAUAGUAGACAAUUCUUGCAAUAUGAUCCCUCAGUGAGACCCGGCGAACCAGCGGUCAGCAGGAAAACUCCGGAUUAUUUCUUAUGA